AUGAGAUCGACCAGUCUGUUCUUUUUCUCAAUCAUAAUUUACCCCGUAAUUUUGGCAAAGACGGACGGUAAGUUAUGUAGAAACAUCUUUGAAUUUGGAACUUUAUCUUAGAAGAACAUCUAAAAAAGUACGAUAAAGUCCGAAUAACGGAAAAGAAUUACGAGAAAAUCAAGACCAUCCACGUUAAUUGGUACAUUACGUCGAUCAAGGCGAUUAUGGGACAGUUGGGAAAACAAUUGUACAAGGAACUCGAUCGAGGUCAGGUCUCUUUCAUUACUCCUUUUGUACAGCAAUUAUAAUAUCAUCAAAAUUUGAUCUUCAGAUGCCCAACAAAAUUUAGCUCGAUGUUUGAACAGAAUCGACGAUCGAAAAGAUUUGGAACAAAGUGCAAAAUGUUUAAUUCGAGCAAAAAAACAGCUACUAUCAACGAAACUACAAGGGGUAAACAGUAAAGAACCCGAUCUCAAGACUUCAUUUAUAACGAGUAAUAUUAAAAUGCCCUAUUUUGGAUCUCCCGAAGCAAUAACUGCCCCUAAUUUGAGGGAAAAUGAUGAUAGGGUAACAUCUUUUUUGUCAUCGUUCUUCUUUUUAUUUGUGUUAACACUUUUCUUCAGCCAGUGGCAAAAAUUUCGAGGUUCGAUUUACUCCGCCGACAAAAGUUGUUUCGACCAGUAAGAUCAAGGUUUAUGUUGCGGAAGAUCAAGGUCAGUAGAUCCAAAAGGAGCUCGAGAUUUAUCAAAUUACAAGAGCCAGCAAUACCACAAAACGAUCUGCAGGUAAAGUAUAAACUUGCAGAGUAAGAUAAAUCAUCAUUUGUAGAUUCAGAGAGUCCCAAAAUCAAAAGGUCUCAAAGAAAUGAAAGAUCGAAGUCCGGUCACCCGAAUCGCCAAUUUGAUCUCAUCAUUUGCCUCUGGCAAUUCGACAGAAGAUGCGGAAGAAAAGAAUCGGCUGAUUGAAUGGAAACAAACUUAUGAUCGUUUACUGGGGUUGAAAAAGAAGUUCGAAGAUCAGGAGAGGAAACCGGGUGCAAGUGUCUACAAUAUGAGGAUGUAUGACCUCGUUUUAGACAAGAAAACUCCAAGUGUUUCGCCUAAAGAAAGCGUAAGAACUCAAAAAUGGAAAUUAGGUUUCAAAUGUCAUCUUCCGGGAUUCUGGCUACGUUUUUGGUUGUUUAAGAACUCUUUGAGGAGAGAAAUCAGAAGGAGAGAACAACCCGCUCUAGAUUAAGCCUUAUAAACUUGCUUCCAGCUUUCGUUACACCCCCUACAACUUGGUCUGCCUCCCUAUACUAAUAGUAUUAAUUCCCGCCAAUCUCUCUGCGUGUGGCCAUAUAAGUCCUUUCCCCUUUCAGAGAUUACACCUGGCCAAAUUAAUGUUAUUCAGAGACCCCGAGGAGGCCGGUGUUAGGACUGCAUGUGUGGCUUUACAUCGCAGUAAUUUGCGGGAGGUCUAUAAAUGAAGGAUAUUAUUCAUAAAGAGAUUAUUAGAAACGGGGAGAGCACAGGAAACGACGGAGAUUAAAAAAAAUUUAGAGUAGGUGUAAAUUGAGAAAUUAAUAGAACAAAAAUUUCAAUUUUGAAUAAGUGGUAGCAACUAAAUGUAUAUUUAGAUACUGUAAUUGGUUAACAUGAGAGUUUUUAUUCACAUGUAAAAAAAUGUCUGUGGGUGGCCGCAAAAUUCAUGAUAAAUGUAAAAAUAAUUCAACUAAUAGAGAGAGGGCGUUACACUGACACAAAUUAGAGAGCAUUGGAAUUAAAGAGCCAGCAGAGAGACAGACGCUAAACCCGGUACAGGCAUACUCGAUUAUCCUUUGUAAUUUCUCUAAUCCUCGUCAAAUCUGUAUGAGCAAUCGAUGACUCUGACUGCUGUAAUGUUACACACCAAAAACAGACUGGGUGGCAUCGGAAAUUAGGGGGAAAGGGAAGAAGAUUAGUGAGGGAAAGAGAAAGUUGGUUGUGGGGAUGUAAUGAGGAAGGAAUACAUAAAUUUUAAAGGUAUUCCAUGAUCGUCUAAUUUAAGAAUGAUCCUAAAAGUUUUAGAAAUGCAUACAAGCUUACGAGAAUUUAUUACAGCGAACCCCUCAAGGUCUCCUUCAAAUGGCCAUGAGUUUAUUCAAUCAAAUAGGCGGAGAAGACAAGAAAAGUGUCCGGGAAUCCAUGAAUCUGAAUGUCCUCAGCCCAAGAUUUGCUCCAGUAAUGCCGGACAAAGCUGGUGCCACUAAUAUGGGAAUGUCUCCAUCAUUCUUGUCGUUCUAUGAAGAUGACGGAAACAAAAAUAAUAUUGCUUCAAUCCCAAAAUUAUUAAGAAUGGCUGGAAUGGAGAAAACCGAUCGUGAUGUGAUGCUAGGAGCGUUGAUGAAGGCUUCUGGCGUUAAUAAUAUCGUUGAUGAGGCGAUGGGGUUUUUGGAAAACAUCAAUUUUUUAAGUGAGCAGAAUUUGAAAGUAAAGUGAAUGUCUGUCUUUAGGUAUGAAGGACGAAGUAGUAGAUGCUACAGAAAAAAUCGCUGAGAUUUAUGAGGAAUUAGAGAGCUCGUUUAAUGAAAAACAAAAUAAACAUCUGGAAGACCACGGAUUCACGUUUUUGGAAGAUAACCAGCUGGAUCAACUGUAUUCAAGAGAUGGUGAGACAACCAUUUUUUAAUUUUUUAAAAAUUAUCUCGUAUUUUUAGAGCUUGACUUUCCAAAAGAAGCAGUUAAUUUUUCCAACUACAAGAACACCUCUACUGCCCAAAAAAUGGAAGCCUUGUGGUUGACAAUCGAGAAGAUUGCCUUCAACAACAUCACUGACCCUCCAUCUCCGGAUGCCCACUUUAGAUUCAACCGUCAUAAACGAAGCUUAGAAGUCCCUUCAGUCCUUGCUCCUGUUGUUCUGGCCCCAUAUAUGUUCGCUCCGGCCCUUGGUCUUACUGUAUUAGGCCCAGUAGUUCUUUCUCCAUCGGUCUUCUCCCCAUUGAUCUUAAAUGCCGCCGUCCUGAGUCCGUAUGUCCUCUCUCCCGGCGUGGGUAUGCCAUUCAUCUUAUCUCCUUAUCUCUUAUCUCCGUAUGUUCUCAGUCCUCUCGUGAUGGCUCCAUUUAUCCUAACUCCGUAUGUUUUGUCUCCCAAUGUUCUGAACCCUUAUGUUUUGAGUCCUCUGAUCUUGAGUCCUCUCGUCUUAUGUCCGGAUGUCCUAUCGCCUCAGGUCCUUGGUGGGGGAGUUUUGUCGCCGAGUGUGGCGUCGCCGGCCGUUCUGACGGAGAGUGCAUUGAUGGCGUCCGUUUUGUCACCGUCUUUUCUGUCGUAA